AUGAGGAGCCUGGCUGUGCUGUUGGUGGUGGUGUCGGUGGUCGGUGCCGACAGCUUCGUCGACCUCAUCCGCGAGGAAUGGAACGCCUUCAAGCUCAAACACAAGAAAUCCUACGAAAAUGAGACCGAGGACCGGUUCCGUAUGAAGAUCUACGCUGAGAACAAGCUCAAGAUGGCGAAGCACAAUCGGCGCUUCGAGCGCGGCGAGGUGACGUACCGCCUCGGAGUCAACAAGUUCGCGGACAAGCUGCACCACGAGUUCGUGCACACCACGAGCAUGAUUAACCACACCGCCAAACUCAACGAGCGACAAGUUCUGCGCGGUGCUACGUUCCUGUCACCCGCCAACUGGGCACCACCGAAGGUGAUGGACUGGUGCUCGGAGGGCGCAGUUACCGAAGUCAAGGACCAAGGAAAUUGUGUCUCCGGCUGGGCAUUCAGCACUACGGGCUCGCUGGAGGGGCAGCAAUUCCGCAGUACUGGCAACCUCGUGUCACUGUCAGAGCAGAAUCUGAUCGACUGUUCGAGCGCGUACGGGAACAACGGCUGCGACGGUGGCCUCGUGUACAAUGCCGUCUUAUACGUCUUCAGAAACGGAGGCAUCGACACGGAGGAGAGUUAUCCCUACGAGGCCGUCGUCAACACAUGCAGGUUCGACCCCAUGGACGUGGCCGUGAACGUCGUGGGUUACAUAAGCCUGCCAGAAGGUAACGAGGAAAGGCUAAAGAAGGCCGUGGCCGUUGUGGGGCCCGUCUCUGUCGCUAUUGACGCCAGCCGGGUGUCCUUCCAGCUCUACUCUUCUGGAGUCUACUACGACGAGCACUGCUCCUCCAGCAACCUCAACCACGCGGUGCUGGUGGUGGGCUACGAUACAGACGAAGAGGGCGGUGAAUACUGGCUCGUAAAGAACUCUUGGGGAACCUCGUGGGGGGAACUCGGCUAUAUCAAGAUGGCGCGCAACCGCGGCAACAACUGCGGCAUCGCCUCAUCCGCCUCCUACCCGAUCGUCUGA